UUUCUCGGAGCGCCUGCAAAGCUUAAUGGAAGCGCACUUGCUGGACUGCAUUUCCCAUGCGGCAUUGCUGCCUUUAUCUCCGUCAAAAAAAACCGCCUGCCAUCAGUUCCCCCUUUUUCUGCUAAGAAAAAAAGCAGCUGGUUUAGUCCGGUCCUGAAGUGUGAAAAUUGCGGCGGAAUUUCGGCUUGGCGGGAAUGCACAAAGGCCCUACCAAAGGGGAAAGCGACCAGACGUGGGGAAAACGGACACAUCCACGGAGAGAUCCGUGUGACUUGUCAUCUUAAGAGAGUCUAUGGUAAAGAGGAUCAUGUGGAAAACACUACUGAGGAUAGAGCUGGGGGCAGCAGGGAACCAGGCCCCUUGCGUGCUCCCCUUCCUUCUCCCUGGACUACGGUAUGGGUCGUCUUCGGCUAUGGAUCAGCAUCACGAGCUGGCCAGAGAAAGAUCCAAGACGGUCACCUCUUUCUACAAUCAAUCUGCCAUUGAUACAGCCGCUGAAAAGCCCUCUGUGAGGUUGACACCUACCACCAUGUUGUAUUCUGGACGUUCUCAAGAUGGCAGUCACCUUUUGAAAAGCUCCCGUUACCUGCACCACGAGCUGCCGGUCCGUAUUGCUCACCGCAUCAAAGGGUUUCGAAGCCUUCCCUUCAUCAUUGGCUGCAAUCCCACCAUCCUCCAUGUGCAUGAGCUUUACAUUCGAGCCUUCCAGAAACUGAGUGAAUUUCCCCCAAUCAAAGACCAAGAGUCAGAGACUCAGUACUGUAAACUGGUCCGACAGCUCCUGGAUGAUCACAAAGACGUUGUCACGCUGCUGGCGGAAGGCUUGCGGGAAUGCCGCAAGCACAUCCAGGAUGAGAAGAUGAUCCGUUCCUUUCUGGACAAGACCCUCACUUCCCGCUUAGGCAUCCGGAUGCUGGCUAUUCACCACCUUGCCUUGCAUGAGGACAAACCAGACUUUGUCGGAAUCAUCUGCACCCGCUUGUCACCAAAGAAAAUAAUUGAAAAAUGGGUGGAUUUUGCCAGGCGCCUGUGUGAACACAAGUAUGGCAAUGCACCUCAGGUGCGGAUCAAUGGGCACGUGGCAGCUCGCUUCCCUUUCAUUCCAAUGCCUCUGGAUUACAUCCUUCCAGAGUUGCUGAAGAACGCAAUGCGAGCUACAAUGGAAUCUCAUCUGGAUACCCCAUACAAUGUGCCAGACAUUAUCAUCACGAUCGCCAACAAUGAUAUUGACCUCAUCAUAAGGAUUUCAGACCGAGGAGGAGGAAUCCCUCACGACCACGUUGACAAGGUCACCGAUUACCACUUUACCACGGCCGAAGCAAGCAAUCAGGAUCCCCGCAUGAACAGCCUCUUCGGGAACAUGGUGGAGAUGGGGAACAGUGCCCAGUCAGGCCCCAUGCACGGGUUUGGAUUUGGCUUGCCAACUUCCCGGGCUUAUGCUGAAUAUCUGGGUGGUUCCUUGACCCUCCAGUCCCUGCAGGGCAUUGGCACAGAUGUCUACCUCCGUCUCAAGCACAUUGAUGGCAAAGAGGAAAGUUUCCGCAUUUAGAACAGCCCCCGCGAUGAGACGGACCCCUUCCUUGCUUCCGGAGAAAGCUUUUAAUACUCACACCAAACCCACCUUGGCAUGGAUUCGAUCAUCGUUCUUCUCAUCUGGAUUCCCAAGCAUCUGCUGUGCUCUCCCCUUCACAAAGCAUUUUGAUCCUUUUGGACACUCGAUGUGGUGAGAAAGGAACAGAGCGCUUCCUCUCUUGUGCGAUUGCUGUUCAGAACAUUGCUUCUUGAUGCAUCUUCUGGUCCUGCAUUGGUGCAUCUUCAGUGGCCCUUGGAUUGGCCUCUUGAACCCAAAGCAUAUCUCUCCCGUUCCCACAUGGAAAUACUCGAGGCCACCAAGAGCAUCCGUGCAAAGCGGUGUAGUUUCUCCAUCAUCUUCUUGCACACUGCCAAUCCCACCUGUGGCCUUGUCCCAACCUCUACCAGUUGACUUCUGAUACAUUUGAAGAUGCAUGACAAAAGGAGGUUUCCUUUGUCACGUGUCGCGUGCAGAUCCCACUGACUCUGAUGACAGGAUGGGGCAUCUGAAAAGUUCUCUGUUGCUGCCAUCUAAGAUUCGGAGGUGGAUUUCCUUCUUGGGAAUUAGAAUCUACCUGUCCGUCGGCAAAAGAGAAUUUUCAGGGUGCACAACAGUGAAAGAUGAUGGUCUAGAGGGAAAAGAAAAUACCACAUGGCCCCUUUUGCAAUCUCAGCUAUAGAUUCCAUAACAUUCUGCCUCUUCCCAAGGCAACGUAUUUUAUUGGCAUCUUUCUUCUCUGUCUUACGGAUAUUCUCCUCUCUUACGGAUAUCAUUCAGCUGACUUUUAAAUCUAAAAUAAAAGUUUGUUGUCCGCUCUUCCUCCUUUCCUUUCCAUUAGAGGGUGGAGAUUCGAAAUGAAAAACCAUGAUUUCCUGUUACAAUACUUAAAUAAAAUGUGCACACUCAAAAA